AGCCGCGAUGGGAGUUAACACAUCCGAGUUUCUAGAGUUCCUGUUAACAGCGACGUUGCACUAAACAAAGACCUUGUUUUGGGUGUUUUUUUUCCCUCUGAGGGGGCUUGUCUGCAUUUUUGUCCGAGGCGUUUCUCUCACAGGAUGUUGAUGAUACUGGAAAGCCGGGUAAGAUCAUAAAGUCAGUUCUCUGAUGAGAACGACUGCCUCCUCCUCACCACCACCACCACCACCACACAAAGGGAACCACGGAACAAGUACUUUGUUUUUUCACACGCCAUAAUUUUUUAUUUUUUGAAUGUCAUAGAGAAACAGAGGGGGCUCUUUGAAAGACAAAAUGGAUCACUUUGCAGCAGAGUGCCUUGUUUCAAUGUCCAGCCGUGCAAUUGUUCACGCACCUAAAGGGAAUAAGGAGAUAAAACCAGAAAUCCCAUCUUCCUCCAAGAACGGAGAGGAAAUGAAAGAGCCUUUGGUUAAAGAUAACUCUUCUCUUUAUGUGGUGGCACGGAUCCUGGCGGAUUUUAACCAGCAGACUCCCAACAAUGUUGCCGAGCAGGCAAAAAUAAAGGAUGAGAGCAUGCCGAACCUCAUAGAUGAUGGAAACUCUGCCACACCUACCACCAUCUCCGAUCCUUCUCUCAGACAAAGAGGCAAAAGAUCGAGAGGUCGGACUGAGCAAGAAUCACCUCAGAAAAAGCACAAAUGCCACUAUUCAGGUUGUGAAAAAGUUUAUGGCAAAUCAUCCCACCUCAAAGCCCAUCUAAGGACACACACAGGAGAAAGGCCUUUCCCAUGCACCUGGCCUGACUGCAGUAAGAAGUUUGCGCGCUCUGAUGAGCUGGCCCGCCACUACCGCACUCACACAGGGGAAAAGAAGUUCGGCUGCCCGCUUUGCGACAAGCGCUUCAUGCGCAGCGACCACCUGAUGAAGCACGCUCGUCGCCACUCAGAUUUCCAGCCCGGCAUGCUGAAGAGGCCCCACGGUGGCAGCAGCGGUAGCACCACACGUCCCAGCUCCCUCAGCGACUACAGUCGCUCGGAUGCCUCCAGCCCCACCCUCAGCCCCGCCCUCAGCCCUGCCAACUCGCCUUAAACUGAAACCCAGUCGCACUUUCCGCCUCCAACCUGCGAGGCCUGUUUUUUGUCAUAACACCCCUUGUGUUGCACAGUUGUCAGCAACCCCCCCCCUUGCUAUUCCUGCGCUUGCUGUGGUGUACCAUACUGUACAUAACUGCUUAUUGUAGUGCAAUUACUUGUGUGAUCCUAAAAGAAGGUAAUGCCUUUCCCAGAUGGCAAUAUUGACAUUCUGUACCAUAUGUCUGUAUUUUUUUAGCUUCUGAUCAUUGCUAGUUGUCCAAUGUAUGUUCACAGUCAGCUAAACAAGGUUAAGAAGAAGAAAAAAACAGACACCCUGACAAGUCUUAUCAAAAUUUUCUUUCAAAGUUUUUUUUUUCCUGUUUUUUUUUCUUUGUUUUUUUUAACGGGCGAGGAGAAGGGGUACACACACACACACACACACCUCAGGAUUGAAGACAGUUGCUAUUUCUGUAAUACCACAGUACUUAACAGUACUUACAUUGACUGCACAAUAUACUCAUCACUUUACUCUGAAAUUCAACAAGGGUUGAAUUUUACGCCCUGCUCAGGGAUGGCCUUGUUAGCUUGAAAGAAUGAACACGAGAAGUGAACAAGAGAAACAUACAGUACAUAUAUAUCAGCCUUACACUCAACACAAUUUGCACUCUUUGUUUUUGUUGGUUUUCACGUUUUUCGAGGAAACUAGCCCGACGGUUAUACGGUCAAUCGUACUCAAAAACUCAUGUUCUGUUCUCCUGUGUGUACUCGGGGUUCAUAUGUAAUGUAAUUGCUGUGUGUUAAGAAAACGAUCCCCAAACCCCCACCUCAGUAAACAAAAUACAUGUGUUCCUCCAUUGCAACAGUAAUACUUAGUUGCAGUUACACUGGGUUAAAUAUGUAUUUCAUUAAACAGUAGUGUGCAGUAUAUACUGUGUAAAUCUGCACUGCUUGAGGAUUGGGAUUAUAUUGGGUUAAUAGUUUUUAUAAAUAAACUCAGUUGAAGAAACAUAAAAAGAGACAGUUAAGUUUCAAAGCAGCUGUUCAUGCUUUAAAAAAAAGCUCUCCAUCAUCAGCCAGUAUUUCACACAAAAUGGACACAAAGGGACUUUAGUUGAAACAAUGUUUAUCCCUCUCUCAAGCACAUAGGAAAAAGUACCAAAGACAAGAGUGAAUGAAAGCUUUCUAUUCAGUCUUGUAAGCUGCCCUUCAUUGAGGCCUGAGGCUGGUGGUUGGCAGUAUAGCAGGUAGAGCCAGACAGCCUGCACGUUUCCCUCCUCCUGGCUCUGCCUUUUGUGGCCUCCCUGGAGGAAACAGCUGCAUCCCACAAGAAGCUAUUCACAGCCCGCAGGAGGAGUGGUAACAUGCCAUUCCCGGGGAGUCCUCCCUUACCCAUCUGGUUCUACCUGUGCUGUCAGAGAGAGUGAGUCCUGUGGUGAAGCUCAGAGCCUGCCAAAAUAGCAGAAUGUUGCCUAACUUAAGGGGUCAAAUGUAGGCCAAAGCAGAGCAAAGCAGGGCUGUGCUGCAACAUGGUGGCACACAGGGCGAACAAAGCAGCUAUCUGCAAUAGACAGGCAAGAGAGGUUAGGGCCUGAUAAAAGAGGAGAGGUUUAUCAUGAGCUGAGCAGCACAGAGGAGGAGACACCCAGUUGCAGACACCCCCAUCUCCUCCUUGUUUCCUCACUCCCUUCCUCCCUCCAACUGUUGAAACUGUGAGCUGUAAUUAGCGGGUUGAUCCAACCUGUUGGGUAAUAGUAGAAAGAGAAUUGUAUGAACAACAGUACUACCUAGACAACGCUAGCAGUGUGGGUGGGAUGUACCUAACUCCAUCCUAAGCACAGGGAGAAAUCCUCUACUACUGCUGGAGAGUCAAAUUUCACAAAGCCAAGGAAAACAUUGCUCCAAAUUCACACCGAUAAACCCAAGCUCUCAAACAGCUGCUUUCAAACUUCUCUCUCACAAAACAAAAGGGGCUUUUUAAACUGUUGUAAAAACAUUUGAACCAAAAUGAACAUAUCAGCAAAGUGCAGUGCUCACCAGCCUCACGUCGUCCUGCCUGUGAAGCUCAGAUGUCCCGUGAGAAAGCUGACUUGUGUUUCUAGACAGACAUGCCUCAAUAAGUCAGGCAAAAGGCACAGUAAACCUUCCAUGGAAACAGGCACCACUAUCAAAACUGCUGCAGCUCCGCCAGUCUGUGUUAUGCCUACAUUUUCUUUUAAUGCUUCAGCACUGUGGUCGGAAAUCGUUUCAUCCAUGUAGUUUGGUCCUGUCAGACCCAUCCAGACUGUUGUCAUCAUCAGUUGCAUGUGCUAGCGCUUCAACCUGGCCCGUUCUCACCCUGCAGUCCUGUGCUCCACACUAUAUGCAUGUUAACAACUUCGCCCGGAAAAGCGUAGAGGGUUUUUGAGGCGGUCUGGCAGGUGUAAGUUCAUGAAUGGCAGGCCUUGUCCCCAGUUCUCCACAGCAGCCAUCUCUCUUUAAAGUUGUGAAGAAUCAGCUCUGUCAAAUCCUCCAGAAAGAAAACAUCCCUUAUUUAGAUCCAAAUGCAGUAAUCUACCCCAAAACACCACCCGCAACCCCCUUUAUGAUGAACUCUGUUAAAAUAGUUUCCAGGCUGCAAGAUGACACUUUGAAUGCCACUGAUCAGCAGCUCUCAGUGAGAGAAGCACUGAGAUACAUUCACCAUUUCAUAAACCAAUUCUUCAAAUUGCUGUUGAGCAGCUUUUUGUGGGAUCUGUCAAGGAUUUUUUUAUUGUCAAUUUGUUGACAUGUAGUGUAACUUUCUCUUGCAAAAAAGAAAAGAAAAAGAGAAUUCAGAGUAACUCACCCUCAAGCAGGUUUCAUGAAUCACUUCUCCAUAUUCUGCACAUUUACCUCAGGGUCAACAUCCGCAAAGCAGCAGAUAUGGGACAGUUUGUGGAUUUUGUAGUAACAUCAGUUGCUACACAGAGAUUUCUGCCAGCCUCACCACGGUGUUCCUGGGUGCUUAGUGCUCACUGCUGGUCAGUGUCUAACCACACUGGAAACACAGGAAUGCCUCCAUGUGGGCCUGGCUCCUGCCUAUUAUGUCUUCAUUGCAUCCUACGGUCCCACUAUACGCCUUAGUAAGCACUGGACACUCUGGCGCUAUUUUCAGUGAAAUGCCCCUUUAAAAAGCUUUUAGUGUCAGUGGACUUACAGUAGGCAACACAACGCUCAUACCAUCUAAUAAUGAAAUAACUGUGACAGUGUAAACAUCCCAGUCUAUCCAUCCAUCCAGCACUGCACCGGUGACAUAUAGGCCUCCACAGGUGUCUCAUAACUUUUACUCUCACUGUACCAAAUCUACUUGAAUAAUUCAACACAAAAGGCCAUUGAACACAGUUGUACAUGUCCAUUUUUACUGUACUUGCUUUUGUUGUCAAAUAAUUAUGAACGUCUCUGGAGAAAGGUAUAUAGUCUUUUGUUUGGUUUAUUUUAUUGUUUUGUUUUGUUUUGUUUUUUAUUCUAGAUUUUCCAUUGUCUUCAGGUCAUUUAAGCAAUUCUUUUGAAUUUAUCGCAGCAUUAUUUUUGUCUGUCUGUCUGGCUGUUUAUAGGCACCAUGUUGUUUUAUUUUAAGUAUCAUAAUUUUGCCCCAUUUGGGGUUUACCCCUUUAAUCAGAAACACUUAAUACUCUGUUGAUGUCAGGAUGCAGGUUAUUCCAGUAAGCCUGUUAUCCAAAACUCCUCCAAGUUAGAAAAUGAAAGGAUAGCUUGAUGAGUGUUUGCAGCGACGAUGAGAAAAAGAAACAUCCUGACCUCUAUGUACGUCAGUUUCAGAUGGAGUGACUAAUUUUCUUUGUAAUUUAGAUUCUUUUGAAAGUUUUCCAUAAGAAUAGAGACCACAGCAUUGUGAGUUAGCAAUGUAGUGAUACUUUUUAUUAUUUUUUGACUCAUAUGAAAUGUUUAAACUUGUAUAUUUUUCAAAAAUCAUACCUCUUAAAAUAUUUAACUUUUGUUGUACCUUAAUAUCUUUUUCAAAACAUCCAUCAUGUAGCUUCUGUUUGCUUGAUGAGUAGCACAAAUAAUUGGUGGUUUAUUUGUCCCUACUUGAAUGAAUGAUUGAAUGAAGAAGGAAAGAUGGAGGAAAGUAAAGAAAGAAAAAAGAAAGAAAGACUUUUUCUGUAAAGAAAACACUGGGCUACAUUUUAUAAAAAUCAUCACAUAUUGUCAGGGUCCUGCACAUCCUUGUAGAUUCAAAAAGUAAUCUCCAGGAAACAAUAACAACAGAUUUUUAAAUUAUUUUAUGUAUGUACAAAAAUCGUACAAGCAUCUCUUCCUUACUGAGCUCCACGUAUUUGUCUUGGUUGAAACGUUUUCCAAGCGUGUGAUGAUGUCAGCUGUAAAUUACUAUGAAACUCCAUUUCAGCAUUUUUAAAUCCAACUUUACCAUUGUAAUCCCAGUGAGAUUACACAUAACAUCUGUCAAAGCAAGAUAGAUGAAAAAAUGUUCAAAACGGAAAUACAAGGUUUUACAUUGUACCAGUAAAUAUUUUUUUCUGCUAAUUGUAAAAAUAUAUUAAAUUGAUUUUUGCCUAGUAUGUAAAAGAACUAACAUUAAUCAUAUUUUAAAAAAAUAAAAUAAAAAAAAGUCCAUAUGAAUUACAUAUGAACUAUCACUGAUCAGACGUUUCAACUGAAAUAUCCAUAAUGACUUAUCUCACGUACAAGCAUGAUUGAUGCAAUAGUGUGCCAAAACUAUAAUGGUAACUUCAUGAAGAUGAUACAGAUGUUGAGGGUAAAUGAACCUAGCUUCUAUCAGACAUUUACUAAACUUGUACAGUUUUUAUAAAGUGUGACAUGUUUUUAUGUUGUGUACAGGAUUUAAUGAAGCAACUCUGCAUAUUUAAUAUGCAAGGGUUCUAAGUUAAAUAUUUCUUUUCUGCUUUAUGUAAACAUUUUGAUUGUGUAGCUUUGUUUUCAUUUUGUUGUUAUUAUUUAAUUUUUUUUCCUUUUUUUGCUGUACAUUACACAUGCAAUGUAUAAUGGCUUAUUACAGGUAUUUCUUUUGACAUAAACAAUCUUAAUGACAACGAACGCCCAACCAUUCCAAAGGAUUGAAAAUUGCAUUUUGCUAUAAAUGUGCUGCUUACAUGGACCCAAUGCAUUUUUGUAGGUUAUGAAUAGAAGUCUGUCUUGACUGUGAGGUUUUACACGUUGUGAGUAGUGCACAAGGUACGUUUCUCAUUGUCAACAUUUCCCAGGUUUAAUCUCUCCUUUCUUCUCUGCUGGCUCUUUGCGUAGAUAGGCUAAGCCAAUUCAAAUCAACAACGUACAUGCAAUAUAAAAAAAAAAUUAAGGACAUACAGAGCAUUUCUUCUCUCUGGCAUUGGCCUUUUUAAGGUGGGAAAGUUAAAUGUUUGAGAGGCAGCCAUGAUAGGAUAGAGUGGUGGUUGAGCAGUGAGAAGGAGCUUUGAGUUCUCGCAGCUUAUCAUAGGCUCCAAUUUCAAGUUGUUACCAAAGGCUUUGAAGGGAAAGAUGAAUGUUGCAGUAAUUUUGAACCCAACCCAGUUACUGCUGGGUUCAAUUUUACAUGCUGUGAGUGUUGUUCAAUGGAUGUUGUGCUUGAUAUGGACCUUUUUCUACAUCUCCAAUAAGCAACUUUGUUUUUUCUUUUUUUUAUAACACUUGAAUGAACAAAACUCAUUUAAUCAUGAACAAACAAAUUCUGAAUGAGUACAAGAUAAGAAACAAAAGAGACUGAGUGAGUAGGAAAAUGCAGCAUUGCAGGGUGGCAGACCAUAUCUGUUAGUACCCUUCGCUGACCAUGUGGUCUUGGUCAGCUGCUUGAAAUGACUGUGUGGCGUUUGAUUUUACUGUAGAAAUGCAUGCAAACAAAAGUCUUGAGCGUUGGAUAUUGUUCCCCUUGAAGGAUUUGUCUGUUCCAGGUUAUUCAGCAAACAGUGCUGUCAAUUACCUCCCAUUGAUUACAAGAGAGAGCCUCUCACCAGCGUUUUGGUUCUGUCCCUGUUUGUCCUCAAUGUACGUCCUCAGUGUAAUGUUGCUCUCUUGAUACCUCUGUGUGUUUCUCCUCUGCCCAUCACCAUCAGUUGCCUGUUGUAGUGACUCCAUGGUGCUGCUUCCCCUCUCAGCGCCAUUAUAAUCCAAUCUGUAAAUAACUCUCGACUCAGCUAUGGCCAGUACAUUCUCCAAUGACCUCACUCUAACCUUCAGGUGUUUUUUUUUGUUUUAUCUUUUUUCUCUCAGCAAACCAAAAUCACUACAUUCAAGUAUUACAGUUGUACAGUUCCUUGGAUUCUACACACAUCUAAUGUGCUGGUCUUAGCUGCUCUGCUGUACCUUUUUAUGGCAUUAUUUUUUACAUGUUAGACAAUAUAUUGUGACCAUGUCCUAUGCAAAUAUGAAAAAUAACAGAUUGUUGAAUAAUGUAUGUUGUCAUAACUUGUAUGCAUGACAUAGUGAAGUUUACAUUUGGAAAUAAAUUCAUAAAAUAAGCA